CUGGGCUGGGCACCUCUCCACGAGACGAUGCCCGGGAGCAACGGGUCAGCCCCACGAUCCCAUCCCAGAGCCCCAACCUCCACGGGUGGAUGCGUCUGACAGCAGAACCAGACCUCUCGAAGGUGGACAGAAAGCUUUCGUCAUAAUGACCCUGCGAGGCUGCUGCGAGAGCCAUUAGCCCAUCUGCCCUAAGAGGAGACUGAGGCACAGACAAGGUGCUAGGUGCCCAGGGAGUUCCAGCUCCAAACUCAUAUCCCCGCUUCUCUCGGCAUCAGGAUGAAUCCCUUCGCCGACACGCUGCAGAGCCUCCGAGAUGCCUUUGUGUCUAGGAAAACCCGCCCGGUAGAGUUCCGAAUCGCCCAGCUGGAAGGGCUGAGUCGCUUUCUGAAAGAGAACCGAGAUGCUCUCUUGGAUGCCCUGGCCCAGGAUCUCCAUAAGCCGCCCUUUGAGUCGGAAAUAUCCGAAAUCAGCAUCUGCCAGAGUGAAAUCAAUCUGGCCCUCAACAGCCUGCACAGCUGGAUGAAGGACGAGCCCGUGCCUAAAAACCUGGCCACCCAGCUGGACACGGCCUUUAUCCGGAGGGAGCCCUUUGGCGUGGUCCUCAUCAUUGCCCCCUGGAACUACCCGCUGAACCUCGUGCUGGUACCCCUAGUGGGGGCCAUCGCAGCAGGCAACUGCGUGGUGAUCAAGCCCUCCGAGAUGAGCAGGAGCAUGGAGAAGGUCAUGCGGGAGGUGCUGCCCCGGUACCUGGACAAGAACUGCUUCGCCGUGGUGCUGGGGGGACCCCAGGAGACCUCCACUCUUCUGGAGAACAGAUUCGACUACAUCUUCUUCACAGGGAACACCACCGUAGGCCGGAUCGUCAUGACGGCGGCCUCCAAGCACCUGACCCCCAUCACGCUAGAGCUGGGGGGGAAGAACCCCUGCUACGUGGACGACGACUGCGACCCCCAGAACGUGGCCAACCGCGUGGCCUGGUUCCGUUUCUUCAACGCGGGCCAGACGUGUGUGGCCCCAGACUUCAUCCUGUGCAGCCGGGAGACGCAGGAAAGGCUGCUGCCCGCCCUGCAGCGCGCGGUGACCCAGUUCUACGGGAAGGACCCCCAGCAUUCCCCGGACCUGGGCCGCAUCAUCAGCGAGAAGCACUUCCACAGGCUGCGGGGCCUGCUGGGCAGCGGCCGAGUUGCCCUCGGUGGCCAGUCGGAUGAGCAGGAACGCUACAUGGCCCCCACAGUGCUGGUGGAUGUGAAGGAGACGGACCCCGUGAUGCAGGAGGAGAUCUUUGGGCCCAUUUUACCCAUCCUGAAUGUGCAGAGCCUGGACGAGGCCGUGGCCUUCAUCAAUAAGAGAGAGAAGCCCCUGGCCCUGUACGCCUUCUCCAACAACUCCGAGGUGGUGCGCCAGAUGCUGGAGCGGACCAGCAGUGGGGGCUUCUGCGGGAAUGACGGGUUCAUGCACAUGACGCUGACUACAUUACCCUUUGGGGGAGUCGGAAACAGCGGGAUGGGCAUGUACCACGGCAAGUUCACCUUCGAUGCCUUCUCACACCAUCGUAGCUGCCUCCUGCGAAGCUCUGGCCUAGAGAAGGUCAACUCCCUCCGCUAUCCUCCCUAUGCCCAGCGUAGCCUGGGGCUGCUGCUGUCCUUGGUGGAGAUCAACCGCAAGAGCCAGUGCACGCUGCUCUGAGCUGGGGGACUGCCCCCUCCUUGUGGGCACAAGGACUCUGCCCUGAGAACACCAGUCCUGCCCCCUGGGGCUCAGCGGCAGGGCUAAGAUGAACUUGUGGUAGGGGCUGCCCAGAGGCAGAAGACCCCCAGGGCUGCUGGCUGUCUCUUUUUCUGUAUGGGAUGGAUGGGCCCUAGGCCGGCUUCUGCUACCCAGUUCUAAGUAAAGGCCUCAUGGGGAACCCAGACUCAGCUGUCUGUUCAUUGAGCUGAGUCUCAGCACCAGGCUGGGGCCCAGCUCACACUUUAGGGAGGACAUGGGGCGCAGGGGACAGGAAAUGGGGCCACUCGAGGCCUGGCCAGAGGAGCUGGGGACAAUCAGACUGAAGAGGGUCGGGGGAGGUCUGUCUUUCAAUGCUGAGAUUUCUGGUUUUGUUUCUUAUCUGUAACUGCAGCAGAUUAGGCUGGGGGAAUCCCCAAUUUCUUCCUGCACUAAAUCCCGCCUUCUCUGCUCAAGGCCAGGAGUCACAGGCGGAGGUUUGGGAGUCAAUGGGACGUGCUAUCUUAGGGAGGACAGGGAGGCAGGGGUUCCCUAAGCAGAGUCCUGGUGACAAGUCAGGUGUAGGCUGGAUGGCAGGGCCCUGAAGCCCUGUUCAUUCUGCUCCAGGGGGUUUUCAGGCCAGCCUGUCCCAAAGGGAUGGUGCCCCAGGUGGCACAUCCAAAGAACUACCAAGUCCGUCCCUUAUCAUCCCUAGCUUCUCCCUUCCCAGGCCUUCUGCCUGAUGCAGGCCCUGCCAAGCCCUUGUCUGAGCUACUGCCACCGUCUCCCUGAACCUGGCAUCUUGCCCAUCCAGUCCAUCCUCCACAGGGCUAGGGCUUCCCACUGCCUCUAGAAUGGAGCACAGACUCCCAUCAGGCUCUC